CAUGUUGCGUCUUAUACUCCGAAAAAAUACGGUAAAUUAUUGUAAGUUCUAAUCACUACACGGAAACGUUUAUGCCAGAAAUGUCGCACUAUGUCCAAUGUUUUUAAUGUUUUAACUAAUAGAAAACUUUAUUUAAAAAAACAAAAAGAUACAAGAUGGACCUGGGAAAAUCCCUUCGCUUGGGUGAAACCAGCCUUGUCCUUGGCUUCCCCUUUUUUGGCAGGUGCUGGAGAUGUUCAUCCUCGUGCUGCAACAGUGUCACCGAGAGAACGAGGAGAAGUGGAAGAGGCUCUCGCGACAGGUAGCCGACAUCAUCCUGCCAAUGCUGGCCAAACAACAGAUGCAGAUAGAUUCCCACGAAGCCCUGGGGAUCCUGAACACUCUCUUUGAGAUCCUGGCGCCUUCCGCCCUGCGCCCGGUGGACAUGCUGCUGAGGAGCAUGUUCGUGACGCCCAGUACCAUGGCUUCCGUGAGCACCGUUCAGUUGUGGGUCUCUGGCAUUCUGGCGAUUCUGCGGGUCUUGAUCUCCCAGUCCACCGAAGACAUCGUCCUCUCUCGCAUUCAGGAGCUCUCCUUCUCCCCCUACCUGAUCUCGUGCGAAACCAUUCAACGGCUGCGAAACGGGGAAAACAAAGCCCCUCCCGCUCAGGAAAUCACCACGGAUGAGCAAGAUCGGUUUCUGCCCGAAGAGACAUUUUCCAGAUUCCUAAUCCAGUUGGUGGGGAUCCUCCUGGAAGAUAUCGCCAGCAAGCAAUUGAACGUGGAGAUGAGCGAACAGCAGCACACCUUCUACUGCCAGGAACUGGGCACCCUUCUCAUGUGCUUAAUUCAUACCUUCAAAUCAGGGAUGUUCAGAAGAAUCACAGCUGCGGCUACCAAGCUUUUUACCGAGAGUGGACCGCACGGUCUUCAUUUCUACACUCUCGAAAGAUUAAACGAUCUCGUCAAGUCCAUGAUAGCCACCCACCCCUCCCUGGUCCUCCUCUGGUGUCAAAUCCUGCUGCUGGUUAACUACACCAAUUCCACCUGGUGGUCCGAAGUUCAUCAGACCCCCAA